AUGAGGGAGUCUAUCGAGGACUACCCGCCGGAGGUGCGUUUCAUUAUUGCUGCUUCCCUCACAGCGGGCAUGUUGCGGCAUGGCCUCUUCGAGGACAGGGAGCCCGAGGUGUUGGAAGUGGUGAUCGAGGGGAUGGUGCAGAACCCUCCGAACCCGCAAAAGCUGAACUUUGCGCUGACCACGGUCAACCAGCUGAUGGAUCAGUGUGUGACCCAGGACAUUAUCCGAAAAUAUAUCUCCAACGACAAUGUCGUCCAAAUCUUGAUGACGGCCAAGGCGCAUCGAGCAGACGGCCUGAAAGACAUCUGCAUGGACUUCAUCACCAACGAAGAGAACAUGAAGCUGGCUCCCGCUUUCAAGGAGCUGAUCCAGGAAUCCAGGAGCCCACGCUGA